AUGGUACGAGUGUUGAGUGCGCUUCCUUUGGUGGUGUUGGCCCGUGUUGCCCUUGCGCGGACAAUUGAGCUGUACGGUGCCGGGGUUGACACUGCGGAGCGCGGUCUUUUGGGGACGUUCUCCCCCCGCGAUGACGACGAGAACGCAGUGGAUUGUGGCAGUGGGAUGCGGUUUGACCUUGCCUCUCAUGAUGCUGGUGUGUUCAAUGGACUGCAGUGUGUGGGCGUGGUUGUGGAUGGUGUCGAGGUGGACGGCUGUUGUAGCGUGCUGAACUUGCACCCACAAGAAUCCGCGUACGAGCUGUCGUACAACACUCCACUGGACAAGUACUCUCUGCAUAUACGCCCACGGGAGUUGGACAACGGGACUGGAUGUGCUGUGCGGUACGUGGAGGACAAUGCUGUCUCUGUGGGUGCCCCGCCCGCAAUUGCGCUUAAGAAGCGGUACAAGACGUAUGAGGACAAGAAGAAGGAGGCGCGGGAUGUGAGUGUGGACAGCGACGAUGCAGGUGGCUCUGCCGGUUCGGAUGAGGAGGGCACGAUGCGGUCUUGGAUCCAGGAGAACUGGAAGAAGUUGUUGCUCGGGUUGGUCAUAUACAACGUCGUUGCGUCGCUUCUUAAGAGGACGCAGCCCGCUCAGAAGCAGGAGUAG